CUGCACCACAAUAAACGGGACCACCCGUUGCCACAAGCCUGGGUAGGUCGAACAAGAAAAGGCAAUCCUUAUGGCCUUUUGAUAGGGCAUGUUAGGGCGCGUUUCGGGUGGGGCGCAGGAAAUUAAAGAAGUCAGGGAAACCAGCCUGUCAGUUCCAGUUUCAACGCUCCCUUAGAUCCCUUCUGUUAUCCUUGACUUGCAAAAAUGCAAAGUGGGUACUCGAGCUCGAUGCAACAGGUAGCGCCCUACAGGGACACCCCGACGACCUCUACUGGCACUCCAAACGACCCAUCAGGCCUAGCCACACACGCUCAUUCGCCCUUCGACUCGUCGCACGAUCUUUCAUCGGAGCCAACGCUCAGGAAUCCUCCAACAAAUCAACCACAGCCCGUGCCCUACAUGCCCGUCCCACAACCAGGUUACCAAAACAUCGAGUCCCGCAACAGCGACUGGCUGGAGCAGUCGCAGAGGGCGAGCAAGCGGUCAAGACGGAUCGUCAUUGGUUCGGUAAUUGCCCUCGUCCUUCUGAUUGCUGCCGGUGUCGCACUGGGCGUCACGCUCUCGAAAAAGAGCUCGAGCAACAACUCGAGUUCGAGCAGUAGCGCCCCAGCUGGGACGAACCCUAACGAUCCGAGCAACUUCCCGAAAAACUCCGCUUUGGUCAAUUCGUUCUAUGGCAUUGCGUAUACGCCACUAGGCUCGCAGCUCCCCGACUGUGGCAAUAAUCUAACGGAGGUCAUUGAAGAUAUCCAGUUGUUAUCUCAGAUCACAACGACCAUCCGUCUUUAUGGCGCUGACUGCAAUCAAUCCUCUCUCGUCCUUGCCGCCAUCCAGGCUACCAAGGUCAACAUGUCUGUCUAUCUCGGCAACUACCCCGAUGCCACCGAUAACGGGACUGCGUACGAGCGCCAGAAAGGCGAAAUACAGACUGCUCUUCAACAAUACGGUGCAGCAAACGUGCUCGGUGUUACAGUCGGCAAUGAAUUUAUCCUUGAUUACAUCACAAACGCAGGGCAGACGGAUCCCAACGGCUCCGCAGGACAGGCAGCCGCAGCGAUGUUGGUACCCUGGAUCAGCGAUACUCGUUCAAUGUUGUCCUCGAUGGGUAUGAGCAAUAUCUUAGUCGGCAAUGCAGACGCUGGAAGUUAUUUCAACAACGAAGUGCUAUCUGCCGUUGACUAUGGGAUGGCGAACGUCCAUCCAUGGUUUGCCAAUCAAUCGAUUAAUGACGCUGCUGGCUGGACGGCCGACUUCUUCGCCAGCACGGACGUCGCUCUUGCUCAAUCUCUUUCGAACAAACCGAAGAUGUUCAUUGCUGAGACUGGCUGGCCAACUGGUAGCUCUUCUUUCAAUGCCAACCCGAAUGAUGGACCUUCGCUCGCUUCGGUGCAAAACUUGCAGGUGGGAUUCAUUAACGCUUCGUUAACGUUAUGACUUACAAUGAUUGCUAAUUUCAUACUUGCAGAUAUUUAUAGAUACCUUCGCAUGUCAAGCUACCAAAAACGGAACUGGAUACUUUUUCUUUGAGUAUAGUGACGAGCCUUGGAAGAACGUAACGUAUGGUGGUGUAGAGGGAUACUGGGGCUUGUUCGACGCCAA